AUGGCUCAUUUCAAUCGGGAAGAGGGGGAAGCUAUAUGUAAUAUACCUCUAAGUCGAAGGCAAGUCUCUAACUCUGUUUAUUGGAAGCAUAAUAAGGAUGGUAUUUUCACAGUGAAGUCGGCUUACAAGAUUGCCAGAGCUCAAUUGAGGAAGGCAAAUUGGGCUGAAUCAUCAUCAGGCAGUGGUGGUAGUCGGGUGUGGGCUGCUAUAUGGAAGCUACAGAUCCCCAACAAGAUAAAGGAAUGCACAUUAGCGCAGGAUGUUUGGCACGGUAGUGUAAGGGCGUUGCAGAAGUGUGGGAUGGGCCAACUUGAUUUUGUUGCUCUGUUGGAGUAUUUGCUGGAUUGGCUGGACAAAACAGAGGUGGAGCUGUGGUUGGUGCAGGUAUGGCUGAUUUGGAACCAACGGAACAAAGUAGUGCAUGGAGGUAAAUUAAUGGAACCGGACUGGUUGAAUAGGCGUGCAUCUGAAUUGCUUGAGGAGUUCCAGCAGUCACAGGUUGGUUUACAUGCGGAAGUGGAGAUACCCCCACCACAAGCUGUGUACAAGCUCAACUAUGAUGCUACGGUGUUUGAGGAUUCUGCUAGUUCUGGGUUCGGUGCGGUAAUCAGAAACUCUACUGGAGAAGUUAUGGCGGCGAUGACAGUUAAAGGUCCGGCAGUCCAGGGAAGUGAUAUGGCUGAACUACUAGCAUGUCGUAAGGCACUAGAAUUCGCCAUUGAUGUUGGUUUCACGGUGCUUAUAGUGGAAGGGGACAGUGUUAAUGCUACAAGGUGGAUUGCUUCAGGUACAGAGAACCAGUCAGCUAUUGGACAUGUUGUUGGAGACAUCCGGCAUCUGGUAGGAGCUUUGGAGUGGACGACUGUUCCAUCAGUUGCUGUUGAGUAUGUAAACAUUGAUGCUUCCUUGAUUUAA